ACGUUCCUGGUGUCCUCUGUGACAUUAAUGGUAUCAUUUCACGUACCAGAAGCAACGUCAACGCCCAGAUUCUGGGCACUUCAACCAAUAUUGGCUACAUCAUCAUCGAUCUUGACAAGGAGACCAGCCAUGAGACCAAGACCGCAAUCUCAGAACUUCCCACUUCCACCAGAACCAGAAUUUUGUAUUAGUACGCCACAAUAGUGUAGCACCUCUGUUUAGAUGACAAAUACGCCCCAUUUUCCAUACCGGCUUUUGUACUUAAGAUUCAAUCAUGUGUAGAUCGCAUAACCAGUAAGGCUGUCGAAUUAAAGUUAUGACAUGGGCAAA